UGGUUUAUUUACCACCACGUGCCAGCUUUGGUGUUGGAUAUCUGAAUCUCAUCACAUCCUCUGCGAAGUAGGCGAUUACUUCCCUCGAUUUUAGGAAACGGAGCCUCGGAAAGUUAUAAGUAUCUUGCCCAGCCUAGUUGAGUGGACCCUGCAAAAGUCCAAAACUGUGUCAUCAUAACUACCUCCUUCCGUUCCUUUCCCAGGAAAAAGUGUUUCUAUUUCUCUAGCAAUUACAAGACCUCCAAUAGACAACGAAAAAGAGAUUCAUCUCUGGCAUGGGAAGGCCGGUCGGCCGCUGUUCAGUAAAGGUUUAGGAAGUAACUACUAUGUGCUACUAGCGCUCCUACUGUAGGCUUUCUGGCGCUAUUCCAUCCAUACCUGGGUGAUCUUCAAAACAGAAGAAGGAAGAGAUACUAAUGAGUUCAUUUCACCUGAGGUCAGAGACGCUUUGACUGAGACCAGACUUGUUCAAGCCAGCUCGCUGGAUGUAAUCGGUGUUGCUGGGACUUGAACCGGCAUCUCUUGACGCGCGAUCUAGGGCUUCUCCAUCUCCCGCCCCCAAAAUCAUCUAGCCCGGUUGGCCCGGGUAGGGAUGGGAUUUGCAGGCGAGGAAGGGCAGAAGUCUGAUCCUGGGGCUCCCUGCUACGCUCAAGCGAACAGCGUCAAUCAGACCCAAGCACUUAACCCUCUCCACCCCCAGGAGGGUCGCCAAGUGACAGCUCUGCCAGUCCCUCUGGGGUUGGAAGGAGUGGAGGACUGGGGAGUGUGGUGGCAGCCUCUCGGAGGCCCUCGGAGGCGCGAAGAUCUGUUGCCUGCGGCAGUGGCAGGCCAUUCCAGCUCGGAGCCCCGCGCUGUCCCUGUCCCAGAAGAGGCAGGGAUCCCAAGUAGAUACCAGGACCUAGGCUGGAAUUUACGCGGCUUUCGGCCCUUAGACGCCCCUGGCUGGACAGAUUCGAUGCCGGCCGGGUUCUUGCCGUACUCCAGGGGCUCUCCCGCACUGAGUGCGGGGCCGGAGCUUUUUGAAAAUUUCCGGGGCAGCUCUGCGGCGCUGCGAUUGGCCGCGUUCCGGUAACCUCUAUGCAAAUGAGGCCGCGCCGCCUCCGCGCAGCCGGAGACCCCGCUAGCUGGAUGGGCAGCAAGGAAGAUGUGGGCAAGGGGUGUCCGGCUGCCGGUGGCGUCUCCAGCUUCACCAUCCAGUCCAUCCUGGGCGGGGGCCCCUCCGAAGCACCGCGGGAGCCCGCCGGCUGGCCAGCUAGGAAGCGCAGCCUGUCGGUGUCCUCGGAGGAGGAGGAGCCGGACGACGGCUGGAAGGCGCCCGCUUGCUUCUGCCCAGACCCGCACGGCCCCAAGGAGCCAGGCCCCAAGCACCACCCCCACAUCCCUUUUCCUUGCCUGGGUACUCCUAAGGGCAGCGGAGGCGCAGGGCCGGCGAGCUCCGAGCGUUCGCCUUUUCUCUCUCCUUCGCAUCCGGACUUUAAAGAAGAGAAAGAGAGGCUCUUGCCGGCGGGCUCUCCCUCCCCGGGACCGGAGCGGCCGCGGGACGGCGGCGCCGAGCGGCAGGCGGGCGCGGCCAAGAAGAAGACGCGCACCGUCUUCUCGCGCAGCCAGGUGUACCAGCUCGAGUCCACCUUCGAUAUGAAGCGCUACCUGAGCAGCUCGGAGCGUGCGUGUCUCGCCUCCAGCUUGCAGCUCACCGAAACCCAGGUCAAGACUUGGUUCCAGAACCGCCGCAACAAGUGGAAGCGGCAGCUCUCCGCCGAGCUGGAGGCGGCCAACAUGGCGCACGCGUCCGCGCAGACUCUGGUGGGCAUGCCGCUGGUGUUCCGGGACAGCUCGCUGCUGCGCGUGCCGGUGCCACGCUCUCUCGCCUUCCCCGCGCCGCUCUAUUACCCCAGCAGCAACCUCUCGGCCUUACCGCUCUACAACCUCUACAACAAGCUCGACUACUGACCCACCUGCCCGCGCGCGCCCACUCUCCGGCUCGCCCGGGACCUCUUCGACUGCCCCGGAGCCCGGCGCGGGCUGCACCCUUCACAGACCUCCGGAGUAAAGCGACGUGAUUCCAGAAAUAUUAAGAAAUACACUAUGUGUAUUCAGUAUCUCUUAUUUAUGGCCUCCGCCCUGCUUUUUGUUUUGUUUCGGGUAUUUAUCGGUAUUCCUCAAACCAGAUUGCCUGCUUUCUACCCAAAUGAAACCAAUACGCUUAGAAAACCACUUUGGAGAGGGAUAUUCUCGGGUGGUGAUGGGAAAAGGAGUUUUGGCCAGAUUGGCUUUGAUUGGUUGAAAAAAAUCAGAAAAAUACCAACGAAACCAGGUAUACUCCCCCCACCCCUGCCCAUGUAUACACCUGUACAUAUGUACAUGCACACACGCUCGGCCAAGCCAGGCCCUCAGGGGCUGUGGACAAUGAUCUAAUAAUCUCUUUUCAUUUCCUUCAUCCCGAGGAUGGGUAGGGGCGAAAUGGGGAGAGUUCCGAUCUGUAAAUAUUUUUAAAGCGGAGAAAAAAAAAUAAAACAUUUUAAACAUCGUU